AAUAAAGGAAAAAAGAAACAAUAUACGCGUCCCACCGAAGAUGACUCGCGCAGAGAGAAGAAAGAACGAACAAUUUUAGCUUCAAACACACACAAACACAUCGUCAUCAUCUUCAUCACUCUCCGACACUUGAACCUCUCAUGUUGUUCCUCUAGAAACCUCUUCCGCACCACCGUGGAAUUUUCCUGCUCCUUUUGCACAAAACACACACUCUGCUUCUAUUAUAAUUCAUGCUUGUCCUUGUCCUUGUGCUGGUUUUUUUCUAGAUAGGGUUUGCACUUUUUAAUCAGAACUAGCCAAGACCAGGUACAGAAAGUACUGUAUUAGUUAAAAAAAAAAAAACUUUCAUCAAUUAUUAUCAACUUUAUUCGGUAGUGUAGCCUUGUAGGUGAACUAUGUGUCAGGAUUUUGAAGUUUGAUUCUCUUUUAUAUUGAUUGAAUAGUUGUGUGUAGAAACUAGAAAGGUUAGUGAUUAUUAUUGAGUCAAUGGAAGGUGUUGAUCAGAGUAAUAUGAAUCGAAAUAGUUGUGUAUUUGGUUCAUCUUCAUCUUCAUCAUCAGGGGGUGCUCUUAGACCCCCAAAUCGAUUGAAUAGUAAUGUUAUGCUUAUUAAUCAAAUGGGUGUUACUGAGAACCAGAAACCCUAUGGUAUACCACCCUCACACCCUAAUACCAAUAUUUCACCUUCAUCAGCUUAUCCUCAGUUUUUUGCCUCCCAAUCCCAAUCCAAUUCGGUUUCCCAGCGUUUGAGUUCUCCCAAUUUGAGUCCUGCUUCGUCCCAUUCCAGGUCUUUGUCUCAGCCCUCUUUUUUCUCUCUGGAUUCCUUGCCCCCAUUGAGUCCUUCCCCUUAUAAAGAACCUUCCUUUUCUGACUCAAUUUCGACUGAUGUGUCUGCUGAGGAAAGCUUGGCUAACUCUCAUGCCCCCUUGCCGAAUCGUGGCCACGCUCUUCAGCUUGGCCAUUCUCUUCCUCCUCGUAAAGGACAUAGGCGCUCUAGCAGUGAUUCCCCUUUAGGAAUUGCUGAUUUUAUUCAGUCUGUCCCUCAGUCUGGUUCCUCUAAGACUUGGAGCGACCGUGAAAAUUUGGCUUCUAGGGGAGGGAACUCUGGUUUUGAGAAGCCGAUUCAGUUAGUGUUAAAGGAACCAAUGAAGGAUAUGGACUGCGUUGAUGGCUUUGGUGGAGAACCUAUGGUUGGGAGGAAAGAGGAUGAUGCACUGGAUGAUUUGUUUAGUGCAUAUAUGAAUUUGGACAAUAUUGAUGGCCUGAAUUUUUCUGGUAUGGAAGACAAGGAUUUGGAUAGCAGAACUAGUGGUUCAAAAACAGUUGAGAGCAGUGAUAAUGAAGUUGAGAGUCAUGCAUAUGGCAAAGUGAUUGGUGCUCAAGGGGCUAUUUCACGCUGUUCUGAAGAGAGGAGGGAAGGAGUGAAGAGGAGUUCUAAUGGAGACGUUGCACCUGGUUCCCGACACCGGAGAAGUUUCUCAUUGGACAGCUCCAUAGGAAAUUUUCAUAUUGGAGAUGAAUUGCCUAAGCUUCCUCCUUCGCAGAACCGAUUUGGUCAACACUCGCCUAGCAGUUCAAUAGAUGGUAAGACAUCUGAAACAAGCAUGGAGUUUGGAAAUGGUGAAUUCAGCUCAGAGGAGCUAAAGAAAAUAAAGGAGAACGAUAAACUUGCUGAAAUUGCCAUGGCUGAUCCUAAGCGUGCAAAAAGGAUUUUGGCUAAUCGUCUAUCAGCUGCUCGCUCAAAAGAGAGGAAGAUGCGGUACAUUUCUGAAUUAGAGCUCAAAGUUCAAACACUUCAGACUGAGACAACCACAUUGUCUACUCAGUUUACCAAAUUACAGAUGAAUAAUUCAGAGCUUAAAAGUGAGAAUAAUGAGUACAAAUUAAGGAUUCAAGCCUUGGAACAGCAGUCCCAACUGAAAGAUGCUCUGAAUGAGACCUUGGAUGCUGAAGUGCGGCGUUUAAGAUGCACGGUCGCAGAACUUGGUGGAGAGUCUCUUCUCUCAAGUCGCAUGGCUCAACAGCUUGCUAUUAGCCAACAAGUGUUUCAGUUAAAGGAACAGCAGCACCCUAACCAGCUUAGACAUGUUCAAGUGCACAAUACCCAUUCCCAGGAGCAGACACAGACUCAGUCUCAGCGCCACAAUGGCAAAGCUACUGCUUACUGAUUACAUUGAUUGUACAUAAGUAUUCUACUACCAUGUAUACUCAAUGUUUGUGAUAUGAAUCAGAAUAGGAUAUUGCAUGGCCAAGCUCAAGGAAAAAAAAGACUCGAUUCCAAGUGAUGACCUGUUAACAAAAGAAAAGUUCAAAAGAUACAAGAGGCAAAAGGAGUUCAUGUGAAGGCAAUUCUUAUCUAAUAAGGUUGUAGUUCGACUUGUGCAAGCCCAAGGAUAUGAUUAUAUGAAGACUCAAAAUAAAGUGUAGAAUUGUUGAUUUUAUUGCCUAAGUUUUUUAGUUAUUAUUUGUAAAUCUAAUGGUGAUUUGAGAUAGAUUUCAUUAGGAUUUAUGAUUGAUUUUAUUAAGAUUUGUUUAAUUUUUUUUAAAUUUUGUUUCUUCUAUUAAAAUGAGGAUUCUAUCAUUUAUUAGGAUUUACUAUUAUUACUUAUUAGGAUUUGUUUCUUGUUAUUAGGAUUUAUUUUCUAUUUUUUCUGUUUCCCAUAUACAGGAGUUUGUGUUUGAAUUUAAAUGAAAGUGAUAUGAGUUUGAGUUUAAA